AUGUCCACCUCCAAGUCCGGCAGCGGUUCUAGCGACAGCCGAAAGUAUGUGUGCCUGGCGCCAGACUGCCCCUCCAAGCCCUUCUCGCGUGUGGCAGACCUCGACCGGCACUACAAGUCAGUGCACAACCGUGACGAGGAGAAGGAGACUUUCUUCUGCGACUACAAGAAGUGCCUUCGCCAUGAGGAGCCUCUCAACAGGUUCGACCACCUGCGGGAUCACCUUCGCGACUUCCACAAGGAGGAGCUUCCCAAGAAGGGCACCAAAUCGGCAUCGCCUGAGGGGCCCAAGGAUCGCAACGGGGCCACAUGGUGGCGCUGCUACACCUGUCUCGAGCGUGUCAAAUUCCACCGCUAUGGGUCGACCUGCCCGACUUGCAACGAUCUAAGCCAGACUCCUGGAGCUUGA